AUGGUUCCAAAGCUCCAAUAUCGCCCGUUGGUAGGGAAUGAAAUUCGUGUUUUGAGGAUUGAAGAGGUUGCAAAUGUUGAAGAUAUGAACAAUACUACCAAGCGCCGACCAAUAUCGUGCUCGCUCGAACAUGUUUGCUUGCCACCCGCAUCAAAGAACGACUCCUACCAACAGUUCAAGGGACGAGGUAGAACGUGGCCUGAGUUUUCAGCCACUCAUGAUACUAAAGCUUUGUUCAAGGAUACUCGCGAUCCAAGAGCACAAGACGACCAUUAUGGAAAAGAGCCGAAAGGCACUGUGCAAGACGCGCUGGCCGUCGAUGCAGAUCUGCCGUGGAAAUAUGAAUGGGGUGACUUCCUUGCAUUGUCUUAUGUGUGGGGCUAUCCUGAAUUGCCUGAAGGAGAACCCUGUCAUUCUAUCACAGUUGAUGGCUGCCCUGUUGAGGUUACUCCGAACUUGUACUAUGCUCUAGCACAACUUAGCCAGAGCUGUAGAGUACGGCAAGGAUUCAAGCUCUGGACUGAUGCCAUUUGCAUCGAUCAGGAAAACACAGAGGAAAAAGGCCAGCAAAUUGCGCGCAUGUGCGAUAUCUACCAGUUGGCAUGGCAAGUGGUCAUAUGGCUGGGGCCUGAUGAACAAGACAGCGCAUUGGCUUUGUCUGCUCUAUACUGGCUCGCUCGCGAGUCAGAACGGCCGGAACCCAUGGGGAGCUUCUAUCACGAGGGGUUCUCUCUCGACUUGAAGCCUUUGUUCAUAAUGUGGCCAAGAUACUAUAGCCCAAUGAAGAAGAAGGUUUACAAAGCAUUGUUCCACUUCUUUACCCGGCCUUAUUGGCGUCGGAUGUGGGUGGUACAAGAAGUAGCUAUGGGCAACCCUCAGUCACCUGUGAUCUGUGGCGACAGAUGUAUUGCCUGGGAGGAUGUGUAUAAAGCUGUGGAGAUCAUUGCUGCUGAUGAGUCGAGACUUGGUCGAGAAAUUCUUGACAGCGUUCGACCACAGAUACUUUCAACAUGGUCAUUUGAGGUCGCACGAGGUAGAGUGAUCCAAGGAAGGACGUGGGCACCAGAGAGAAUGUGGAGGAUACAGCAAACUAUGAUGCGGAUCCAGGAAGUUCAGAAAGCUGAUUCUGGCUCAGAUGAGUGGCAAGGGCUUGUUCGAGCACUAAGUCUGGCACAGGACUCACUGGUCACGGAUGAAAAGGAUAGGGUCUAUGGCAUCUUGGGUAUCAAGGCCAUUUCCCAGAGAGUUCAGACUACACCGAAUUAUAAGAUCUCUCAGUCAGAGAUCUACACAAGCUUUAUGUCUGAGCUCAUAUCGAAGGGCGAUCUCAACGUUCUUCGCCUUGCUUCCGGUCAGGGUGGGUUUGUUACAACAAGUUGGAAGUUGGACAGCCUGCCUUCUUUUUUACAAAACCAAUUUGUAGCUCCAUUAUUGCUACCGCUCCUGGAUGGAAUUUCUCCAGUACGGGAGAAAACUCCCAUCGGUACACCCUGUCGUCACGAACUUCCCUCCUGGGCUGUCUGUUGGACAUGUGCCCCUGCCCCAACAGCUCAGCUUGGCGGUUUAUAUCAUUCCGAUCGGAACAUCGGCCAUUCAUUGCCAGCAUUUUCAGCUGGGAGAUCAAGAAUUACGGUGAAAGGUCUUGUAUUGGAUACUAUCAUCUCCCUGAGUGCAUGUAACCAGAGCGAAGCAGAUGCCAGUUACCCACUCAACAGCGACGAUGCUACUCUGUCUUCGAUUAGCAUUUACGGAGAUUUCGAAGAAACAAAGCAUGCCCUUUGGAGGACGAUAGUUGGGGACACCAUUUCCGAGGGCGGAGACGAGGCACCAGAAUACUAUUCAUGGUUACUCAGUCCAAAGCUAUGGCAGAGAGGUGUCGCUGGGGUGUGGACAUAUGGCUUCGGACUACACAAUUUCAUGAUGCGAAAUCGGAACCUUCGUCUCUGUGGUUAUACUUUGGAAGAGCUCAUCUUUGGCUGCAACAAGAUGGUUUCAAGGUUGAAGAUGAUAGUUGGAGAUAACUAUUACAACCCAACGGAAGCGCAGCGCGAGGCCGUCUCGUGGGCAAUCAACGCGAUGGCAUGGCGACGAAUAUUUGCGACUGAAGAUGGGAGAAUGGGUAUGGGAAGUUGUGCCGCGGAGGUAGGUGAUCGGAUCGUGAUCUUACGAGGUUGCAACACUCCAAUGAUACUCAGAGAGAUCGGGAAGGAAUGGAAGCUUAUCGGAGAGUGUUAUACACAUGGCGUUAUGUAUGGAGAGGUUUCAGGGUCGGAGCAUGAACUUGUGGAUAUCACUAUUCAUUAA